ACUUUUUUCUUUUGGUUGGUUCAUAUACCAUUCAAGUCUUUUUUUAGACAAUAAAAAAGAAUAAAAAAAAUCUCCCGGCCUCUCGUUCACCUACCGUGCAUCUUCCCUUUUUCCAGCUCACAACUACAGUUUUCAAGUCAUGGUCGCGACAAUCCAAGAAUUACCGGAAGGAUGGGUUUAUAUUCAGUCAUUAGCCACUGGCAAAGUAAUCUCCGCUACCACCACCCCUGAUGCUCUUCGUUCUCAAGUUUACGUGUUGCCACCAAAGCAUACCGACCAUGAAUUAUGGCGUUGGGAAGGUCAAUUUAUCAAGAAUAAAGCCACAGGCAUGGUGCUUGAUAUUCGCAAAGGCCGGCUAAGAUUAAUUGAGGACACCGAAAUUUGUUUGUAUACCGAAAAAUCGGUGGCAGAAGCUCAUAAUCAGCUGUGGGGUGUUCGUAAAAUGGCUACCAACAUUGGCGAAUCUCAUCCCGGCUACGCUAUUUACUCCAUUUGUAACGAUGAUUGGGUUCUCGACAUCCAGUUCAACGAGGACCCCUCCAAACUCAUUCUGUUCCCGUAUCAACCCUUCGACAAUGAUAACCAACGCUGGACGUUUGUAUCUUCCUCGGAUGCCUCCAUUUCCUUGUCGGCGGACGUACUUUUAACGGCCAAGCAUGCGACAACGGAUUCCACCAGUCCCAUGCCCACUGAUCCGUUGGGUGAAUCCAAUUUUACCAACGCGCUUACGCCGGCCAAGCGAGGAUCUCAAAGCUCGUUAUCAUCUUUAUCGGUGAAUGCGUUCAAAGAAUGUCAUCAAAUGGUGUACCUUGAAAAAAAUCCGCAUCUUAGUGAUAAGACUAUUGGCAUGGCCGCGGCAUACAAGACAUGGCAAGAUUGGAAAGUUGAACGAAGUGCGCUGACGGGUAGUGCUUCCGAUAAAGUCACCGUGGAGCCACAUGAUAAGAUAAAGACACGAUUGCAAUCGAUGGCGAAAAGUGAGGCCUCUCUUAUCUACCAACAGUGUGACCAACUGAGUAAUCACCCAGAAACUUUGACUGCCCUAGCCAGUCGUUUCGUGACCCAGCUUUAUGAACAAAUGCCAUCUUCACCCUAAAUCCCCAGUUUGAUUUUUUUUCUUCUCUCAAUCUUUCCUUGCCCUUCCCUUUCAGUUGUACCAUAGUUCCCAAACUUUUUUUUUGACAUCCCGUCCACUACUUUUGCAUAUCCUUCCUUUAUUACCCUCGACUUUUGAUCCUUCUUAUUCUUUUUGUUUUCCCAUCUCUUUUUCAUUUCUCUCCAUUCUCUGACUUUUGUUUCCCUGCUUCCCAAUUUCCUGUGUUUCUCUUUUUCCCCUUUCCUGUUUCCCCGACUUUUAUUAGAGAGAAUCACGAUUUUCUCAUUAUCAUAUGCUUUUUUUUUCUUUUUCUCUCACCGUUAUUUCCGGUACUCUAUCAACUCUUGGGUCAUGUUUCUAUUUUCUUUGUGUGGUUAUUUUUAAUUGAUUUUCUUCAUGUACACGAUUAUAGAAAAAGCUAAACUUGGUUACUUUUUUUUCUUUUUGUUUUCUUGUAAAUAAUAUAAUAAAAAGUGCAUUGGUAUUAUGUU